AGUAGAGCCAAAACACUACCGCUUCCUUCUUCUGGGUUUCCGGUACACACACUCCCUUCUUUAUUUCUUUCCUCUUACUCACUCCAUACCUCUCCCUACUUUCUACGAAUUAGGGUUUUCUCCAACCUCAGACACUGCUGAGCGGUUCGAUACUCUGGCCUCGGCUUCGUAAAGCCAUACUCUUUUUGAGAAAGUCAACGGAAAGUUCACUGUUUGCGAGAAGUUACAUAAAAAAUAGCUAAGACGGGGUCGCUUUGUUGUGUGGCUGCAAGGCCACAUGGAGCCAAUACGGCUAGCAGAGAGUGGUCCAUGGGUCCCAGUGAACCUUACUGGCAAACAAACACAAGCUUUUCUCCUCCUUUAUCUGGAAGAUGGGAUUAUAUGUUCCAGCCUGAAGGCUUACUGGAUGCUACACAAAAUGCUGCUCAGAUUUAUGAGCCUUCUCUCUCAUCAAACAGUAAAGAAAGCAGGAUCCAGGGAAGAGGGGAUCAACUUCCUCAUCACCAGUAUUCUGCUUCUGAUGGCUUUGGGUCAUAUUUCAGCAGUCCGUCUGAUAGUUUUCAGACUCCACAGUGGACCCCUCCGCCUAGGCAAGGGGUGAAUAUGGAUGAUUAUGUGUCUGCAAUAAUGAGAGAGCAAACCUCCGGGCCAUUAUCUUUUACACCAUCUAUGGAGGGGACUUCAGCUAUCCGCUACAGUGCAGGAUCGUCUUCAUCCCGGUCAGAUGGUAGUGAAUAUGAGCCCAUUGCCAAGAUGCCUGCUUCCUCAAAUCGCAACUUCUCAAGUCGCCGUUCAUUCAUGUCCAAACCCAUCCACCCUCUAUCUUUUCCAACCCAAACUCCAGAGAGAGAAACUCAUGGGAGCAUUUCCACUAGAAAUUCCAUUGACCUGUCAACCCACAGUGAGAGCAGGAGUAAUCAACAUUUGGAUCCAAAAUCUUUUCAAAGUUUUGCAGAGCGUCGUUCUGUUUCUGGGGUUUCAGAUUUUGAUGCUACUACCCCCCAGAGAGAAGCACUGCGGUGGAGCAGUGCUAGUAGUAUUGAUUUCACUGAUGUUUCUGAGCAGUUGGAUUCAGAAAAAAAGGGCCCAUCAUAUAAUCUUACAGACGGCUUCAGAUGCGGAUUGUGUGAUAGGUUACUGUCCCAGAAAUCACCGUGGAGUUCUCGUAGGAUUGUGAGGAACGGGGACAUGCCAGUCACUGGAGUGCUUUCAUGUCUUCAUGUCUUUCAUGCCGACUGCUUGGAGCAGACAACCCCGGAGACGCAGAAACUUGAUCCUCCUUGCCCUCAAUGUGUGAGAUCAGAGGAAAUUGUGGCAGACCAGUGGGCUUUUACCAGUUCAAGGAAUGGGUUGCCAAGGUUUAGACCAUUUUGUGAGGAAGGACCAUCAAAGCCUUGGCGCUGUGGCCAGGUGGGAGAUUGUGUUGAGGGUGCUUUGCGUGCACCCACUCACAACACUGUGGUGUUACUGAAUCGAAGCCGCCUCAAGAAGCUGUCCUUAAAGGGUAAUUCAAGUAAGGAGGUCCCUGAUAAAUUGAAGAAAAAUAUGCCACAUUCCUCACAUACAUUAAACAGAAUAUCAGUUGAUCAUGGAGCGAAUGGUUGUUCAAAGAUGAUGGCAGACCUGGCACUGAAGAGAUGUUGAAACAUUGUAGGUUGUUGAUUUGGGAGCAACAUUUUUGUCCUUCCCAGAUCUCAUUGUUUUUGGAUUUCAGUUCAGGUGAGAUGGUAAUUUAAGGCAGAAUUUACUGGAUUGUUGUACAGAUUCAAGUGGAUGGAAACUUUGGUAGCGGCAUAGGGAAAUGACAACAUAUUCCCACCUUAUUUGUUUUGAAUCACUAUUUUACUUGUACAAUUUCUCGCAUUAUGAAUGUGUUAUAUGUGUGUUUCUUUGCUGGUUUA